AUGGACGAGUUUGGUGUUCUUACGGAGCGUUAUGGGAUCAAGCCACAAGGCAAAUCUGCUCCGAUGGCUGCUUCGAAGCGCUCGGUUAACCCUAACAAUGGUCAGAGCUGGAAUUUUGGUGGUGUAAAUUCCAAAUCAACGUCGAAUACCACUUGGAAUAAGGAAUCUGGUAAUGGAUAUGUCGCUGACGACAUUUUCUUCACGUCGAGUUCCACUACUAAUAGGAAUGGAGCGAAUUCUAGUGGAUUUAACGAUUUUGAUGUAUUCGGUGGAUUGAACAAGACAUCAUCUUUAAACGACAAUUUGUUUGGGAAUUUGGGGAAGAAAACAUCUUCUUCUUCAGUGCAAGUGCAGGGUUUUGGUGCUGAUGAUGAUGACUUGUUUGGUGUUUUGCCUGGGUCUAAAAGCUCCGUCAGUGUUAGCAAUGAUGAUAUAUUUGGGUCAUUCUCUUCCUCGUCCACCACAAAGCAAUAUCCUGCGGUGGAUGAUUUGUUGGGAGAGUUUGGUCCCAAAUCCAAGAGCUGGAACCAGAACAGUUCCGUGGGUAUGGAGAAGAAUGAAACUAAUUUCAAUGAAUUGUUACCUGGUUUUGGUGGAAGUUCUCAGACGACUAUCAGCAACCCUACAGCAUCGAGCUUUGCUGAUACUGACCCUUUUGUGGUUCUAGAAUCAACUACGUCUGCACCAAAUUCUUCUUCGGGUCUGUUUGUGGAUCCACUAGAAGAAUUUGCUGCUUCAGUCAGUUCUCAGGGGAAAAAACCAUCAAAUACUUCACAUGCUUCUACAAAACUCAAGCCUCCGCCUAAACCAACACAAAAAGCGGAAAGAGUUAAGAGUUCAGGAAUGUCUUCAAUAGACGAACUUGAAGACUUUGCCAUGGGUACAAUGCGACGUAGUGCCUCAGCUUCUGACACUGCUAGUAAAUAUAGAGAAGCUGAAGAUGCUGGAACAAAGAAAAAACAGUUUGGUGCAGAUGACCUUGACUCCUUUUUCAGCUCUGGGCCUCGGUCCAGCAGUGUACCAAAAUCACGGACGACAACUGAACCAAAUCGCAAGCAAGCAGUCAACGUGCCAAAAAAGACGCCUCAUGGGGUUUCCAGUACAAAGAAGCCUCCUGCUCCAGCAAAUCUAGUAGAUGACUUUUCUGCACUCUUUGGAGAGGAUCCUAUAUUUAGAGAAUUUGAGGAAAUCCCAGGGGAAAGCGAAGAACGAAGAAAGGCCAGAUGGGAUCGUGAACAGAGAACAAAGAGCCGUGUGGCGCAAGCUGUAGCUGAUAUGAAUAACCGUGAUCAUCAAUCUCGGAUUGAACAAGAACAGAGAACUAGGAUUUCUGAGACUGUUGAUGCGGAGAUAAGGCGUUGGGCUACUGGAAAAGAAGGAAACAUGCGUGCGCUGUUGUCUUCCUUGCAAAUCGUACUCUGGCCUGGAUGUGGCUGGGAGACUGUUUCUCUAACAGAUUUGAUCACUUCUUCAGCAGUCAAGAAAGUCUAUAGAAAGGCAACACUGUAUGUCCAUCCCGAUAAAGUUCAGCAGAAAGGAGCCACCCUUGAACAGAAGUAUAUUGCCGAAAAGGUUUUUGACAUUUUGAAGGAAGCUUGGAACAAGUUCAACAAAGAGGAGCUCUCUUAA